GAGUAAAACAUCUAUAACAGGCAUCUCCAAUGGGUUCUGCAGACUGGCUUAAGAAUGUAAUUGGUAUGAGAAAAGCAAAGGAUGGGAGAUCGAAAAAAUUAAAGGGAACAAAAGCGAUCAAAAAUUCUAAUGGAUGCAAAGGAGAUGAUCCCCUUCGGAAAGAGCCUUCUAAAAUAAUCAAUGGUGACUUGAUCAAGAAUCAGAGAGAACUGGGAAUGCCUAUUGAGGACAGAGCAGCUAUUAAGAUUCAGACAGCAUUCCGUGCUUAUCUGGCUAGGAAAACUUUACGUCGACUGAAAGGAAAUACAAGGUUACAGUCCCUGACACAACGUCCUUCAGUGAAAAAACAAGCUUCAUCAGCUUUGAACUAUAUCCGUUCAUGGAACACGAUGCAAACUGAGAUUAGAGCUCGCCGUGCCCAUAUGGUAAUGGAAGGGCAUCUUAAGCAGAAGAAGCAGGAGAAUCAAUUGAAGUUAGAGGCGAAGCUUCAAAAUGUAGAGAUAGAAUGGAGUGGUGGCCCCCAAACAAUGGAAGUUAUUGUAGCAAGGAUUCACCAGAGAGAAGAAGCAGCUAUGAAACGAGAGCGAGCUAUGGCCUAUGCAUUUUCUCAUCAGUGGAGGGCCAAUUCCAACCCAGUAUUUGGAUCUGGAAAUAAUGAAAUGGGCAAAGCUAAUUGGGGCUGGAGCUGGACAGAUCGCUGGGUUGCUGCUCGACCAUGGGAAAGCCGAGUUCCUGUCCACGCAAGUCCAAAGAAAGUCAACGAUAAAGCAAGCAAGACCACUAAAAGUACUACUAGCCCGACAAAGAAAACACCAGUUUCUGUUAAAUUAAUUUCUCCCAAUGCGAAAGGGACUGUAAAAGCUAAAAAGUCUAAUGAAGUAGCUGCACAAAAAGUGAGAAGCAAAGUUAAGGAGGCUGGCAGUGAAAAGCAAGAGGUGGAAGUAGAAGCUAACUGAAAAGUAUUAGACGUUGAAGCCAAGACACUUCAGUUUUUGUGUAUUGCUGAUGAUGGGGGUGAAAGAAAAACUUGUAAAUUUAAUCACCGGGCCUGCGUUGAUGUAUGUAGAGUGCUUUGUCUGAGAGUUUGCCAUCAUUUUCUUUAUUUUUCCAAAUUCCUCUUACCAUAUGUUUAUAUGAGAUGUUAAGUUAUUCAUAGGUUAAAAUAUGUUUAGAUGCCAUAUCUCAUUCAAGAGCAUUUAUGUUAUAGCUUUGAGUGCCCAGAAUGUUCUGUUCCUGUGUCUAUUUAUCAAUUGGCAUGAAUUCCUUUGCCCAGAAAA